AAUAGUAGCACAACAUAUGAACUUUAUCCUUUCUACACGUUAUACUUUCUACUAGAUCAUGACCAACAAGUAUACGUAGGUAACCUUAGGUCAUGGUUAACAAAAACCCGACUAGAAAGCGAACCAUUUGCUAAUACACACAACCUUCAACACUUUUGAGAAGAACUAAUACAUUUCCUCAAUAAUAAAAAUUCAAUCCCUCUCUUCGCUUUCUUUCCUUACCUCCCUCCUUUCGAAAUUUGGUGGCAAGAGUCGGAGCAAGACCACGCAAAAGCAUUCGAGAACCCAUCGAACGUCAUCUAAGCCCCAAGCCCACCAGCCGAGCCCCUCAACCUCAAUCAUUUGCUUAUGAUAGUCACAAUUAUCUAUCCAUCUACUAUCUAUCUGAUCCAACCACCUUCACAAUCAACACAACAUAACCAAAUCCCAGUUCCACAUACCUCUUUCAAAUAUCUCUCUCCAACAACCCGUUGAAACAAUAUCUUCAUAAAUCUAUCAAGAUGUCAGAGGAGACAUCAACUGCGCCCGAGACCGAUUCUCAAAUCACCUUCAAGGUCAAGACAUCCAGCGAUGGAAAUCACACAAUCACCAUGGCAGAAACUGCAUUAGUUCUUGACCUGAAGACCAAGCUCGCAGGAGAUGAUUACGAAAAGAUUCCGGUCGAUCGUCAACGUUUAAUUUAUUCGGGUCGUGUUAUGAAGAAUGAGGAACCUUUAAGCACUUACAAGAUCAAGGCCGGCAACACGAUACAUAUGGUUAAAAGUGCGCAAAGCAACAUGGCCCAAAAUGCUGCCAACACCGCAGCUGGUGCCGCAGCAGGUGUACCGACAAACAUGGCAGCCGGAACUGCGAACAAUCCUCUAGCUGGUUUAACAGGUGCUCGGUAUGCAGGCCAGAUGGGUCUUCCAGGUGCUGAGAUGUUUGGCGCAGAUGGUGGAGUACGUAUUUUUGCGAUCAACAAUCUGCUGAUACUAACAUCUUCGCAGAUGGGUGCACCUCCGAGUGAAGACGCGAUCGCUCAAAUGAUGGAUGAUCCCAACAUUCGCCAAACGAUGAACGAAGCUCUCAACAAUCCAGACCUUGUCAAUAUGAUGAUUCAAAACACUCCGAUGCUUAGAAAUAUGCCAAAUGCGCGAGAAAUGUUACAAUCGCCAAUGUUCAGAAACAUGCUUACAGAUCCAAACGCUCUUCGUCAAGCUGCUGCGAUGAGAAGACAAAUGGCAGGAGGCGGAGCUGGCGGUUUUCCCGCGCCGGGAGUUACGGAUACGACACCAGCUGGAGCUGCGGGGAGCACACCAGGAAGUGGUCAGGCCAACAUACCACCUUUCAAUCCUUUUGCGAUGCCUGCUGGAGGCGCUGGUAAUCCAUUCGCAUCACUUUUCGGUGGACCGGGAGCAACUGCCGCUGGUCAUACUCCUGCCCAAACUCCCCCAGCUGCCGCUUCUGCUGGAGGAACACCGUCAACUGGUACCGAUGCCAAUUCACAAAAUCCUUUCGCUUCAUUAUUCGGAGGAGCAGGUGCCGGUGCCGGUGCCGGUGUAGGAGCAGGUGGACCGGGGUUUAAUCCGUUUCAAGGAAUGCCACAACCAACACCAGAACAAAUACAACAAGCAAUGGAAAUGAUGCGAAACGGAUCUUUUGGGGAUAUGUUUGGCGCUGGUGGAUUUGGGGGUACGGGAGGUAUGGGCGGAAUGGGUGGUGCAGCUCCAGGUGCUCCUGCAGCUCCAGCAGACACAAGACCACCUGAAGAGAGAUACGCCGAUCAACUUAGACAAUUGAAUGAUAUGGGAUUUUUCGAUUUUGACAGAAACGUGGAAGCCUUAAGAAGGAGUGGAGGAAGUGUACAGGGUGCCAUUGAGCAAUUACUCAGCUAGAUUCUUUUGCGCAGGGGGCAAUGUUGAUAUCAGGAUUUUAUGGAUAGCCUUCAUAUUCGCUUUCAAGCAAUCACGAGGAUUUAAUGGCUUCAAUGAAUUAAGCGCUUUAUAUUGGGUGUUAAGGAGUAAUGUAUUAUGCUUAUUUUCCAUUUGAAAAAAAAGAGCUAUGGAAAAUAUAAAGAGAAUCAACCACUGGUGCACUCAAUCAUCACAUUUCACUCAUUUCACUCUUUCCAGUCCAUAUUGUGAUUUCGCUAGCGCGAUCACCAUCAACUCAGAUCUUAGAUCUUAAUAGAUCUAUUAGAUAAAGUAGUAGACUUGCAAGGAUUGAAACAAGAAAGGGGAAGAGGAAGAGGAUUAGGAUUAUGAAUUAUGGAUUAGAUUUAUGAGUAAGGUGAGAGAGCUUGAGCUUGAGCUUGAGCUUGAGUUUUGGUUUGAGU